AUGACGUCUCACACCACGUGAUGUAAACUAGCCAGUGAGGCGUUGCCGACUUUGCCCUUCUGUCAGGCCUUACCUCCAUCUUUAAACCGGGCAAACCCCCUAAGAUUUAAAAAAAAUUAAAAUAAUUGUUUAUAUUUACACGCGGAUAUUGUGUCUACAUAAGAUUGCGAGAACCCGUGAUUGCGCACGGUGAAACCGUUAUUCAAUAUUCUACCGACAAUUCGCCCACCGCGCAGCGCCCGUUACCCGAAGUAAAGAUGGCGGCUCUGGCCGCCGCUGCUCCCGGAAAUGACGUCACAUCCUGCGACCUGUAAGGACAUGGCAGCAGUGUGGCGCUGGGAUAUGGCUGAGUGGUGAUUUGUGUCGGGGUUCAGGUAAUGAAUGGCCGGGAUAUUGUGACAUGUUACUGGCUGCUCCCCCAUACAGUACAUACAGUACAUACAGGGCAUGGAGGGCCCUGCAGUGCAUGACAUGUCAAUGUUUAGCCUUCUCUGCAACCUGCCCCUGGGGCUCAUAGACAACAACAACAACAACUACUUUAUAAGGAUUAUUAGAUAUCAGCUGUAAAGGUCAUUUUAAACAAGUAUGGCAACAUGUUAAAAAAAAAAACUACAACUCCCAUGAUGCUCUGACACCUUUUUUUACAGGUGCUGAUAGUUUUGUAUUUCAGAGUAUUUGUUAGAAAUGGUUUAAAGCGACAGUCUACGAAAGUAAGUAAUUUCAGUUUAAUUAAGUGAUUUGGGAACAUAGUUACAGCCUUGCAAAUAAAAACUGCGCCCAUUUGGCGAAACGUACACAAUUUGGAGGGUUUUUUUAGCGACUACUGAUGGCUAUCGGACAGAGCCUCUAGGGACUUGCAACAUGUAUGGAUUACAUUAUUGAAUAUAGGUGUCCGUGGCGUCAGCAUGCUAAGUAUGCUGAUGCCAGACUAUUUAUCAGGUUUAUUCGUUAAAGUAAGGGAAUUAAAAGCGAAUUUCAAUUUAAGUGCAAAGUUUUCAAAUUGGAAGCAGAGCUUAUUGAUUUUCUUUUUUUUUAGCAGUUUGGCUACUUUUGUUCUUAAAGCGACACUAGUCACCAAAACUAUAGCUCACUGUUUCUGCAGACCUAGCCACACCUUCCCUGUUUUUGACGCAGCCUGCACAAAACAAAAUGGUUUCAUUUUCAAACAGAUGUUGCUUAAUUUAAAAGUUUUGAAUUUUAAUCACACACAGGAGGGUCCUGCAGGGUCUUGCAAACUAUUAAAGGGACACUGUAGGCACCCAGACCACUUCAGCUCUUUGAAGUGGUCUGGGUGCAAUGUCCCAUGUCCCCUAACCAUGCAAAGGUAAUUAUUGCAGUUUCUGAGUAACUACAAUAAUUACCUCUGAGAGUUAACUCCACCUCCAGUGGCUGUCUACAAGACAGCCACCAGAGGGACUUCCUUGUUUAAAACGGACCUUUGAUCUGUUAUAUGACGCUGGAUGUCCUCACGCUGUGCAUGAGGACCUCUGACGUCCAAUAUUUCCCUAUAGGAAAGCAUUGAAUAAUGAUUUCCUAUAGGGAAAUCCUAAUGCGAGCGCGGCCAUUGCUGCGCAUGUGCAUUAGGUCUCCCCCUGCAAUAAUUACCUUUGAGGGUUAACUGUGUUCAGAAACUGCAGUAAUUACUUUUGCAUGGUUAAGGGACAUUGCACCCAGACCACUUCUAUGAGCUGAAGUGGUCUGGGUGCGUACGGUGUCCCUUUAAUAGCUUGUUAGACCCUGCAGGGCCCUCCUAUGUAUGAUUAAAGGAGCGUGGACAGAGCCGGACCCAGCGCUGAGGGACAUAGGCGCUGGAUUCAGGUAAGUGACUGCAGGGGUUUUAACCCCUUCAGCACCAUGGGAGAAGGCGCAAGGGAGGGGGGCACUGUACGAUUCCAAAGUGCCAGGAAAACGGCUAUGUUUUCCUGGCACUAUAGAAUCCCUUUAAGGAGAUAAGACAUUCUAAAUUAAACAGAAUUUGCAAUAAAGGAAGUGUACACAUUAGAUUACUUUUUACAGAAAGUGUUUAGGAAGGCUGUGCAUGUUACAUGCAGGGAAGUGUGACUAGAGCUGCAUAAACGAAGUGAUUUAACUCCUAAAUGGCAGAGAAUUCAAAUCCUGACAGGGUCAACUCAGACCUUCAUUCUUCCAAUGUAGAUAAAAUGAGUACCAUUAAAUUGGGUAAUAGUAACAACCCCUGGAUGUUGGGCUAAGGUAACAUCCCCAGGACGUACUUGAAAGCCAGAGUAAUCUGAAUGUACCUUUACUGGUUAAAUACUUUCUUCUUAUUAUUAUUAUUAUUGAGCAGUGAGACUGCAGGGGCAUGAUGCAUACACCAAAACUGCUUCAUUGACCUAAAGUUGUUUUGGUGACUGUAGUGUCCUUUUUAAUUUGAAAUGCACCAAUUGCAACUCUGACAAUUCCAACUUUAAAUAAUACCUUUGUGAGUAUGCUGGCAAAUUUAUGGAUGAAUGAUUAAUAACUUGAUUUCUAUUCUGCCGCAUUUUAAUUCUGCAAAUUCUGAUGUAGCUUAGGGUGCUACUCCUCAGAGUUAGGAAUUAAUUAAAGGUUUAUUCCAAACACCAUGACCACUUCUGCUUUUCAAAGUUGUUGUGGUGGUAGGAGUAUAUAUUUGCAGUUUUUCUGCUGGAAACUCUGCACAUCCACAGAUAUUUUUAUUUGUGUGCUGGGGGCAAGAUGCAUGCACCCCCAAUAGGGCAUUAUUUUAAUAAAAUCAAACAAGGUUUGGAGAAACCCUUUGAUUACUUUGUUUGUGGUGAGUGCUUCUCAUUGCAAAGGACUGGAUUGGUUAAUUCCAUGUCGAGGCAUUGUAGGACAUACAGCAGAUGCACUACAAUUGUGCUACUCAGAUUUUAUUUUGCCAUGAAACUGCACAGGACUCCCUUUACCCAUCUUAAACCUCACCUGCUCCAGCUCUGCAACCUCCCUUCACAACUCUAGCCUCUUCUUUGAACUAGACAACCUGGUUCCUACAACAUUAUAAACGACACUAGUUACAAUGUUACGAUACUAAGCUAACCCGGUACUUUCAAAAAUGCUCCACAACUACUGAACAUUGCUGGAGCAUCUGAUUUUCUCUUCUGUAAACUAAUACUAUACAUUCAUAAAGUUUGACGACUCCUUUUGCCAAACAAAAGUACUUCAAUACCACACUCUCUCGAGAAUCCAAAUGCCUCUUUUACCCUUUAAAGAUAAACUAUAGCACUGGGAAAACAAAGUUGUUUGUUUUCCGCUUUUGCUUCCAAUGGCCGUGCUCGCCUUAGAACAGCUGCAUAGGAAAGAAUUAUACAAUGCUUUCCUAUGGGGUUUUGGGUGACGCUGUACAUCCUCCUGCAUAGCAUGAGGACAUCCAGCAACAUAGAAACUUCUAUGUUUACACUGCAGGGUUAAUCCAGCCUCUAGUGGCUAUCUCCUUGACAGCCACUAGAGACACUUCCGCGUUUUACACUGAGUAAAUCAUACUUAUUUGACGCUGGACAUCCUCGCGGACAUCCAGAGUCAAAAAAGAUCCCCAUAGGAAAGCAUUGAGUAAUGCAUUCCUAUGGGCGGGACCUGACGUCGAUGGAGGAGGAGAGGUCACCAGUGCCGAGGGAGCCUGGCGCUGGAUUAAGGUAAGCAAAUAAAUGGUUAACCAUUUUGUUCGCCGUGGAAUGGGGUGACUAGGGCUCUAUAGCGUUAGGAAUACAUAUUUGUAUUCCUAAAGCUAUAAUGUUCCUUUAAAGUACUGCGGAAUAAGCUGGUGCUAUAUAAAUACCAAUAAUAAUUAAAACCUGCAAUAAUUACCUUUCCGUGGUUAACCCCUUAAGGACCAAACUUCUGGAAUAAAAUGGAAUCAUGACAUGUCACACAUGUCAUGUGUCCUUUAGGGGUUAAGGGACUUCAAUGAGCUGAAGUGGCGUGGGUGACUAUAUAGUGUUCCUUUUAAACAAGCAAAGCAAGAACACCACCAAGAUGGCAUACAGAACUCUUCUGAUAGUCUUCUUACAUAUGGCACAUAGUGACCACACAUGUUAUACAUAUCUUAUAUUACGGGAAUGCAGUACCAGGAAGAAGCUCUUCAACGUGGGAUUAAUUGGAGCAUCGAAGCCUAUCACAAUGGACAGUGUUUUUUCCCUCAGUUGGGCCUGCAGUCCAGCAAUGAAUACAGUGCAUUGUUAUUGAAUCUAUAUUUCUGGAUUCAACAUUACUGGGCAUCAAGAGCUGAUUGCUAAUUGGAUUCCCAUGUAAAGUUUAGACAAAUACCUCUUUACGCUAGAUUUGAGUAAAUUUGAGUUUUCUUCAUCUUUUUUUGAUAUUACUUUCUAUCAUAUCAUUCCACAGCUACUACCAGAGAGGCAACAUAUAUCAAUGGGAAUACAGGGAGUGCAGAAUUAUUAGGCAAAUUAGUAUUUUGACCACAUCAUCCUCUUUAUGCAUGUUGUCUUACUCCAAGCUGUAUAGGCUCGAAAGCCUACUACCAAUUAAGCAUAUUAGGUGAUGUGCAUCUCUGUAAUGAGAAGGGGUGUGGUCUAAUGACAUCAACACCCUAUAUCAGGUGUGCAUAAUUAUUAGGCAACUUCCUUUCCUUUGGCAAAAUGGGUCAAAAGAAGGACUUGACAGGCUCAGAAAAGUCAAAAAUAGUGAGAUAUCUUGCAGAGGGAUGCAGCACUCUUAAAAUUGCAAAGCUUCUGAAGCGUGAUCAUCGAACAAUCAAGCGUUUCAUUCAAAAUAGUCAACAGGGUCGCAAGAAGCGUGUGGAAAAACCAAGGCGCAAAAUAACUGCCCAUGAACUGAGAAAAGUCAAGCGUGCAGCUGCCACGAUGCCACUUGCCACCAGUUUGGCCAUAUUUCAGAGCUGCAACAUCACUGGAGUGCCCAAAAGCACAAGGUGUGCAAUACUCAGAGACAUGGCCAAGGUAAGAAAGGCUGAAAGACGACCACCACUGAACAAGACACACAAGCUGAAACGUCAAGACUGGGCCAAGAAAUAUCUCAAGACUGAUUUUUCUAAGGUUUUAUGGACUGAUGAAAUGAGAGUGAGUCUUGAUGGGCCAGAUGGAUGGGCCCGUGGCUGGAUUGGUUAAGGGCAGAGAGCUCCAGUCCGACUCAGACGCCAGCAAGGUGGAGGUGGAGUACUGGUUUGGGCUGGUAUCAUCAAAGAUGAGCUUGUGGGGCCUUUUCGGGUUGAGGAUGGAGUCAAGCUCAACUCCCAGUCCUACUGCCAGUUCCUGGAAGACACCUUCUUCAAGCAGUGGUACAGGAAGAAGUCUGCAUCCUUCAAGAAAAACAUGAUUUUCAUGCAGGACAAUGCUCCAUCACACGCGUCCAAGUACUCCACAGCGUGGCUGGCAAGAAAGGGUAUAAAAGAAGAAAAUCUAAUGACAUGGCCUCCUUGUUCACCUGAUCUGAACUCCAUUGAGAACCUGUGGUCCAUCAUCAAAUGUGAGAUUUACAAGGAGGGAAAACAGUACACCUCUCUGAACAGUGUCUGGGAGGCUGUGGUUGCUGCUGCACGCAAUGUUGAUGGUGAACAGAUCAAAACACUGACAGAAUCCAUGGAUGGCAGGCUUUUGAGUGUCCUUGCAAAGAAAGGUGGCUAUAUUGGUCACUGAUUUGUUUUUGUUUUGUUUUUGAAUGUCAGAAAUGUAUAUUUGUGAAUGUUGAGAUGUUAUAUUGGUUUCACUGGUAAUAAUAAAUAAUUGAAAUGGGUAUAUAUUUGUUUUUUGUUAAGUUGCUUAAUAAUUAUGCACAGUAAUAGUCACCUGCACACACAGAUAUCCCCCUAACAUAGCUAUAACUAAAAACAAACUAAAAACUACUUCCAAAAAUAUUCAGCUUUGAUAUUAAUGAGUUUUUUGGGUUCAUUGAGAACAUGGUUGUUGUUCAAUAAUAAAAUUAAUCCUCAAAAAUACAACUUGCCUAAUAAUUCUGCACUCCCUGUAUUGACUGUAUUUAGGCACGCUCCUUUAAGAUGACCUAGGGAUCAUGCACAAUGCCAUGUAUUGAGUUUGAAAAACUGGUAAUUCUGAUGCAAGGGAUAUUUCUACAAUAUAUCUUUCUCUGGAUAGUGUGCAAAAUGUUAUCUUCUGCAUUAAUAUAACUAGUGUGUGUGUGUGUGUGUGUGUGUGUGUAUAUAUAUAUAUAUAUAUCUGUUAUCCAGAUAAAAACAACAACAAAAAAAUUAUCUUUUGUUUCAUAUUUAGGCAUGGCAGACAGAGAUACACAAAAGUCAAGGAUAAGAUCCACAUCCUCCAGUGAAGACAAAUCGGACAGAGGUGUGUGUGGUUUUGGUUUUUCCUUUUCUUUGCUUUUUUAAUUGUUUAUUUUUUUAUUAUAACUGGGUAUUUUUUUAAUUUUUUUUAUCAGUCUAAUUUUAAUUCAUGUCUCUUGUGUUUUUCUUUGUUUCGUUUUGAGAGAUAACAUAGAAUUCCAUUCUCUGACACAGCAUCCUACGCUUUAUAAAAGGUUUUCUACUACUACAUCACUUUCAUUUAUGAAUCCACCCGUCAGAAGUAUACUUGCACAUUCCUGCCACAUGGGGAAUGAUGAGAUUUAUCUUCUAAUUCUACGGGUUUCUUCUCUGAACCCAGUGAUAGAAAAAGCUGUGCUGCCCACCAUUCACGCUACCCGAUAGUGAACCAAUUUGUGUUUUGCGUUACUGAAAAACAAAAAAAAGUCACGUUGUUUCUUUAAAGCAGCAAUACAGCAUUCCAGCAAACGUAACGGAGUAAAAAACAAUUACUAUUUCCACAUUGUUGCCUAUAGAAUACUCAAAGGGAAACCUUUUUUUUUGUUUUUCUAGGUUAGGUCAUUUUUUUUCAUGCUUUUAGGUUUUGGAUAUUGAGAGAAUGUUUUAAUGCAGCAUUUAGCAGAGAUACUGAAGUUACUGGCUAUUCUAAUCCUGUAUAAGAACCAUUUCUUGGUUUUUGUUAUUAUUAUGUUAUUUAUGACAGCUACAGCAUAGUGCAAGCUCCUGUCAAAUGUCACAUUUCUUUUUUUUCCUCUGCAGGAAGGGGAAAGAGAAAAAGAAAACGCAGCAGAAGCAGAUCUUCAUCUGUGUCGUCUGCUUCAUCUUCAUCCUCCUCAACUUCAUCUUCAUCCUCCUCGUGCUCCUCCUCCUCUUCCUCCAGCAGUCGGAGCAGCUCCAAUAGCCGAGGUUUGUUUCAGUGAAAUAAUUUAUAAAAAAUAAGCAGCUCUCCAUGACUCUGAAAAAGUUGGUUGCAGUAUUGUAUGUAGUCUGUGGCAUGAUGAAUCACCGUUAUCUUCUAAAUGGGAGGAAAAAACGAUUCCAUAUAAAGGGAAAAUAAAACAAUAUAACGGUAUAUAGGUACUAGUUCACCCAUUGAUAACAGUGUAUUUUUAUAGUGGUUCAUGUGAAAUGUAGCGUAGUGUGUUUUAUCUUGAUAAAUUGCUUUGUUGAUUCUUGGAAAUUGCCUGCCAUCAUUUACUGGCUGCAUAGUGCUACUAAUUCAGUAAUGGCUAACUUGGACAAUACAGAGAUCAUAGGACUAUAAUGCUGGGGCUACCUUAGAAUGACAUGGCUUGGAGUCUGUACAUGCAGCGUCUCACUAUUAAUAUAGUUCGAUAUAACUCUGUGCUGGCUUAUGGAAUUUCUGUGCCUGGAGGUAAGGUGUUUCUAUUUUUUUUUAUUUUUAUUUUUUUAGUUUUUACUUUUGAGGGUGAAUUAGGAUAUUAGAAUACUUUAUUUUGGUUGGAGAAAACUGGUGGUCACUUUAUGGCAACCCGAUCGGCCAAUGCAGGCAGAGCUGUGCCCCUCCAUGGGCCCGUGAUGUAGAUCCAACAUCUCCCUAACUGAAUCAGGGCACCUACUGCACAGAGGGUCCAGCCACCUUUCCCAAGCUCUGGCACAAUCACUGAUAGUAUUGGAGUGUUGCCAAUACUCUGAUGGUGUCAGAAGUCACAAAAGAGAGUUCUCACCACUGAGGGUCUGAAUAUCCCCCCUCCCUGGCUCAAGAUAACAAGAAGUUUUCAGGGAAACAAAUAUUAUAUAUAUCCUAAUUGAUAUCCUACCCCACACUACAUCCUUGCAUCAGCCCAAUAGUUCUACGUUUGCCAUUAUGAAAAGAACAAUUUGAAUAAGGUAGUCUGUAGACAUCUAAGUGCAAAGCGUAAUCAUCAGUGUGUAUAUUAUUGCAUUUAAAAUUAUUUGCUAUUUUUUGGAACUUAUUUAAAAGAAAAUUGUGCUUUUUAAAAUGUAGUACAUCCUUUUUGGUGUGGGGGGAAUUGUUGUGGGUUUUAAUAUUUUAGCAAAUUAAAACAUACACUUGCAGUGUUCUUACAUGCCACAUGAGGGCAGACUUUUCACACACAGUGUACACUUAAUAGAUCCUCUAUAUCCACCAACGUCAUAGGUUUUUACAUUGCAUUUGCUCAGCUGCUACAUUAAACAAAUAAUUGUGAGAAGAGACCUGAUGAAUAUAAUCCUUUCUUUAACCCCCUGGAAAGUGUACGAUGUCUUGCAGUGGCGAAUAUCUUUUAAGGUCUAGUAGCACAGGACUACAAAGUUUAAGCCCUGCUAUGAACGCUCUUGGAGUGCCGGACCUAUUUUUAACCCCUAACAUUGUUGGGGCAUUCUGUCAUCCGUAGAGUGGGCUUUGAUAUCCUAAUGUCAAUGGAAUAUCCCAUAUUACUUUUUUUUUUUUUAUGAGCAAGGUUAUUUUAAAAAUCCAUGCUCAUACCAGUAAGGGGUGGGCCGGGGUCCUAUUUAGUGGCUCCAGAUUGACAGAUGACCUACAUACAGCACUCAAAGUGAAUGCUGCAUACAGUCCUUUACAUCCUUUUAAGCACUACAGCUCGGCUCAAUCGUGCUCCGCUCUGGGGAUUCUAAGCCUGUCAGCACUCAGAUGGAGACACACAGGGUCUCCCUGUAUGCCACUCUGAUAAUUGUGAUUGAUGCUGUGCUUUGCCAGCUUAACAGCACCAAUCACAGUGUGAUGGCAGAGACCGAAUGUUAGAACAGCAGAAUUACAGGGAGAUCUCUCGGUCAUGCGGCAAACAGCAGCUAGAUGGCAGUUACAGACCCCUCUUCUAGCAUUUUUAGAUUUUAGCUGGGAUAUCCCUCUGCUGCUAUCUGCAGAGUAAAUUGCCUGGGGGUAAUAUUAGGAUUAGUGUUAGGAUAAGCUUUAAAGCUUUUUUUUAAGGUAAGACAGAAUGUAGGGUUAAGUUUAGGGUAGGUAUACAGUUAGAGUUGGUGUAAGUAUAGUGUUAACAACCACUAAAAAUGAUUUAGAUCUUAGACCUAUGAGGUAUUCAGAAAUCUCAACGGACACUGAAUCUGUUUUGAGUUCCUUUUCUUUAGCUGCACUUGAUUUGUAAAAAUGAUUAUAAGCAAAAAUUUUAAGAAAAAAAAAACCUAAACAAACAAAAAACUGCUCUACAGCGAGAAUGUUUGUUUGUUUUUUGGCGCUCACGAUCUUCUACAAUUUUUUGCUAGAUGAUAUUGAAUUAAUGGUUUUAUAAUUCCUUCCGCAGAGACCCUUUUAAAUACUCUGUGUUAAUAAUUGAUAAUUGUCUUCCUCUUUUUUUUUUCCCUUCAUCAUCAUCAUCAAGAAUCAACUAAACCUAAAUCAGAGAAACUAAAUAAGAAAACCUCUAAAGAGAAACAUAACAAAAAGGUACAGUGAAUACAAUUCCUUGAGAAACAUGUUGAUUACUAUUUAACAGGAAGCGGAAAGUAGGCAAGUAAGUGCUGUAUAGACGUCUUGCAACCUUGUAACAAUUCUUCCAAUCAAGUACCUCUUAUACCAACUUUUUAUUACACAGUGACCGUAAUGUAAACCUUUCCUAGUGAAUUCCUUUAAAAUUCUGAAAUGAAAUUGCCAUUAAAAUGUAUCUUGGAUCUUCCUGAUAUACCCUAAGUAGUAAACCUACUUGCAGUUGUGAAAAAUCUGUUAGUGAUGCGUCGUCUGAAUCAAAUUCCUUUUAUUGUAGGCCCGAACGAAUCAGUCCAUCCAAGAUUUACCUGCGGAGUCUUAUUCAAUGAAUGAGAAAAUCCCAGACAGAUGGAAUCGUUGGGGCCUGGAUUAAAAUAAAUUUGAUUUGGUCGAAAUGCUCUAAACAAAUUUUAGCACGAGUUUAGUGCGUAUGUCACACACUUCUCUGUACAUAUCCCUGGGCAGGAAAUGUAUGUUCUGGUUGCCUUAAUUGAUCCCAGGGAUAUUUUUCACGUUUUCAUUCCUGGUCUCACUUCCUCUUGGUAACCACUUUCCAUUUUAAGCCUUCCCACUGCUUCUCUUAUAAAACAACGGAGUGGGAAAUUACCUUAUAUCUGUCGAUAACCAGCAUGCUCCAUUCAGAUGUACUAUUUAUUGUCUUCACAUUGUUUUCUCUGCACUUCUGAUUUGUACAUUUGUCAGUCAAUCCUUAUGCAAGAUACAUUUUCAUCUGUGCAUUGUGCUAUGAAAUGUAUAAAUCAAAUUGUUUGCUAGGGAACCAUUCAGUACAUCAGCCAGGCUCAGUGUACAGCUCAUGAUUCUAGAACAGCACUUGUUGUUUUUUGGUAUUGAGUUGAGAGCGGUAUGUGGUUGCACACACAGCGCAGUACACCAGCCACAGUGAGUGCAUUUGAAUGUACACAUUUGCCAGUCAUUUCACUGGAACAACGUAUUUAAUAAAUUGCCUUUCUCAAAGCUUUGGUUGGACCACGUUGAAGUAAUUUUGAGGUAGAGAUUUUCUGCAGGAUGGUUGCUAACCAUUUAAACUGUCUGGUUAAGAAAACAGGGAUUCUAUGCAUAUUGGUUUGCUGACUUUUAGUUGAUUAAUAAAGUUUCUGGACAUGUUCCUCAACUAUUUUUAUUUGCAACAUUUUAUGUAACUUUUUGAAGAAUAGAGAAUAUCAAACAUUUUAAUCACAAAUCCAUCUCACUUUUUAAAACAUAUUUUUUAUUUUAUUUUUUACAGAAGUCUAAAAAACAGAGCAAGUUAAAGAAAAAGAAAGAAAGAAAAAAAAGGAAACCUGAAUCUUCACCUGUACAAAUAUCUAAGGUAUCUGAAAAAAAGACAGCUAAAAGAAAAACACAAGAAACGUCCUCAUUCCCUGUCAGAACAUGUUCCCAAGUGUUGAACAGCCAAAAAAUAAAAAAUGCCCAGGUCACAAAUAGCAAGUCUUACCUAAAAUAAGCAUAAGACUACCUUGGCUGUAUUAGCCUACACAAAAUGUACCUCCAGUGGCCACUCCUCAGAUGGCUACUAGAGGUGCUUCCUCGGUCAGUGCAGCACGGUGUGCAGUACUGACAUUCAGUGUCUCUGCCCUCUGCAUGCAGACACUGAACUUUACUCAUAGAGUUGCAUUGAUUAAAUGCCAGCUUGUCCUGGCUCUGCCCCUGAUCUGCCUCCUUGACAUUCUCAGCCAAUCCUAUGGGGAAGCAUUGUGAUUGUCUCAGAUCAUCACAUCUGAUGGUGUCAGCCAAGCAGGCAGAUCAGGGGGAGAGCCAGCAGCAGCACACUGGAAUACAAAUUUGUAAGAUUAUGCUAUACUUAGAGGGCCUAGGUGUGGGGCCAAGGGGGCUAGAUGGUGUUUUUAACACUAUAGGGUCAGGAAUACAUGUUUGUGUUUCUAACCCUGUAGUGUUCCUUUAAGUACCAAAUCAGUUCUGGACGUUUUUGCAAUGCAUUUGCUCAUUUUGCUGCUUUAUCAGUCAAUAGUAACACCCCACCUUAAAUAUACAUCUGUUUAAAGAUGGAUUUUAUGCAUCUAGAAAAGGUGUACAUGAGGGCUGUAUUAUUCAGAAAACAGUAUACACAUGUAUUCAGGGACAAUACCAACAGUUCUCCAGUAACACGAUCAUUAAUAGAUCACCUAUUUGGAUAGAUGAGGAAAAUAUUAGCUUCUAUGGAGUUAGAACAUUCAGUAGUUUCACUCAGUUGCUGGAAUUAGAGAAUAUAACUGGGUUAUAUAUGUUUUUAUCUUAUGUGUUUUCUUCUUGUUUUGUUCAAAGUACCUGAAAGACAAAAAAAGAAAUGAAAACUACAGCAUGAUAACAGGGAAGAAGAUAAAAAUGAAAGUGAAAAAAACUAAAGAGGAUAAAGAGGUAAAUUCCUCUUUCUGUGAUUGGCAUUGAAACAUCAGUCUAUAUAACAGGGGGUCCUUCUCUGAAGUUUUUACCUGUCAUUCUCACCUUAAAGGGACAUUCUGAGAACCAACACAACUUUAAUGCAUUUUACAGCUUUGGAUCUCAAUAGAAUGCUGUAUAUUUGCAUGCUUCGUUGUGUGUGUGUGUGUAUGUAUGAAGUUUUUACAACAAAAAACACUAAAUGUUUUUUGCAGAAUCCUACACCAUAAAAUUGCCUCUUUAGCCAUGUCUACAAGACUUUAAAUGCCCCUACUACUCCACGUACAUUAGGAGAAAGCUAGGACACGGUGUCUAGUGUAGGGUCUGGCUUCAUGAAACCAGUAGGAGGAAGAGGAAUCCUAGUCAGAGUAAAUUUUGUGUGUAUCUGCCUUUCUGUAUAAGGGUAGAGAGCACUUUGAUUCUGCAGCCACUAUCUGCCAUUGCUGCUUUCCUCCACAGUGUACAAUCAAGGCAGGACAGAUAUUUGUAGAACGGAGGGAGCAUGUUACUGCUGCAAUCAGCAUUAGCACUAAUUGUAGUAUAAAUAUUAGUGAUCCCAAAAUGAAAUAUCACUGAAAUCACAGUCAUUAUCCAUUAGUAGGCCUCUCCUGGUGGUGUCCAUCCAGUCAAAGUGUAGCCAGCAGGCAAGUGCGAUUGUAUGUUUUGUUUUGUUUUUUAAGGUUUUAUUUAUUUUUGUCUCUUGGUUUUUACAAUGUCUUUCUUUCUCCCGAUCUUCAUUAACUGUAAAAUCUACCAUCAUCCUUCUCACCCAUCACUAUUCACAUUUGUUCUUUUCCUGUGCCCAUCAAUUUUGCAGUACAGAAUGUUGGGAAGACAAAACAUUUUAAAUUUUUGUAGUGAUUAAUGUAUUCAUAUUUUUUUUCCCCACUGAGAGAUAUUUAUGAGCUGCCCCCCUUCUGUCCCACUACAUUUUGAAGCCUUGCACUUCACACAUCACAUAGUACAUACAUUCAGGAAGUGAAUAAACUUUCAAAUUAUGUCAAUUCUAGUUCCUGUGAUUGUGCUGAUAAAUAAUGUAGUUUCUUAUCAUAACAAGUUUGUUUGUUUUUUAAUCUUUUCCAGAGGGACAGAAACCGUGCUCAGCUUCUGGAUUUCUUGAACUCUUCCAUGUGAUAAAAAACAUUUUUUUUUUUUUUUCUUUCCUUUUUUUAAUUUUUUGGGAUCCGCCACACAUUUUAUAUACAGUGGAACCUCGGAACUCAAAUCCGUUCCAGAAGGCUGUUCGAGUUCCAAUUUGUUUGAGAACCGAAUCAACAUUUUCCAGGAAUGCAUGUAAAUUUGAUUAAUCCGUUCCAGACCCCCAAAAUGACAGCAUUUAUAUUGUAAACAGGACCACUGUUCGUGCACACACACAUAGCUGACAUAGUACACUCACUGCACACGUGCCUGUCUGGCUUCAGUACUUACUGCUUUGGGGAAGGUGCAUGGGGAUCCUUCUGCUCAGGGUCUCCUGCAGAAGCAGUAUGUACACAGAGAAGCCCAGCAAGCUGGUCCAGGGCCACGUUACCUGUUGGUGAUAAAUUCCCAGUGAGAGCAAUCCGGCAUUUACCAAGUGAAGGUGUAUAGUGCUCCCACUGAGGAUGGUCUGCCCAUCUCUGCCAGGACUGACUGACAGCAGGGAGCACAGGGAAGAAAUGGGGGGCUGCUGCACAUGGGUACCGGGCUGUCCUGCGAGCUGCUGGUGGGUAUAUGGGUGUCCAUGCUUCCACUGGAUGCUAGUAGGGUGCACUAGGUGGUGUAGGUAGGUAGAAGGCUGCUCUGAGUGUAGAGGCUGCUAGGGAUAGAGUAAGGUAGGUACCUCUCUGCAGGUCAGUAGAACACAUUUAUCCUGUUACACCUGGGUGAGAGAAACCUCCAAACUUACUUUUCAGGCACAUCUUAACUCCACGAGAAAGCGGGCUGGAGGGGUCACAUGGCCCUGGUGAGUGGCUCUUUGAUGUUCGGGUACCAAGAAAUUUUUUACUAAAAUUUUAGUUCAAAUAUCGAAUUGUUCUUGAAUAGGAACGUUCGAGUUCCGAGGUUCCACUGUAUUUUUUUUUAUGUGUCAAGGUUAUGCACUGAGUUGUGAAUUAUAAAUUUGGGCCAAUAUUGCAUAUUUGCUAACAUAGCUAUCUUGGAGAAUUUUUCAAGAUGUCUGUUUUGGCCUGAAUUGUGACUAUCACUUUGAUUUUCCUAUAAUUCAUACUUAAGCGAAUAGCCCUAAGUGUGUGUGUGUGUUUAUAAAAAAAAAAAAAAGUUAUUUGCACCUGUUUAUGUAUUUAUAUUCAUGUGCAAUGCGACUAGUAAUGAUGUGUACAUUGUGUGUAUAAACAGAUCAGUAUGUAAACUAUACAUCAAACUGUUGUGUCCCUGCAUUGAAGAGGGAGGCCCAGAAUCCUGUAGACAUGCACACCAUGGCUUCUCAAACAAUACAACAGUCCCAGCAUUCUUUGGCAUUUGUUUUGGGUCUAGCCCCACUGCUGCCUUUUGUAAAUUAGUGUAUAGUUUUAGUUUGUUUAAAUGCGUAUCACUCUGUUAUGCCAAAUAGGAAUAACAUUAUAACCAUCGAAAAUGAACAAAAACGGUUACCAUAACAUACAUGGAACAGUUAGCAGCUGGUAAUGUUAUCAAGAUUCUUUUGGGUAAUGUGGUUGCAGCAAACGUAUCUAAUUGAACAAACUAAUACCGUGUAACAAUACUUUCACCCAAAGUGAACACAAUUAUCCUGUCUAGAAACCUAACUGAAUGAACAAAAAGUAUUAAGCAGGGAACUACCCACAGCAGUGAUGGCUAAACUUGACACAAAUUGUUUCUGGACUACAUUUCCCCUGAUGCUCAGCUGGCUUUUAGACUCUAAGAGCUAGCUGAGCAUCAUGGAAAAUGUAGUCCAGACACAAUUUACAGUGUCAAGGUUAGCCAUCACUGACCUACAGGAAUAUUUAUUAGAAAAAAAGUGUUCAGUAAAUAUAAGGGGGGGGGAGACACAGGGCGAAAUCCUUACUAUCAAAUGCUCUAAAGAAUUAAGAGAUUAAAGCUAGUCAUGAUCCAAAUAUACAUAAUCCCGAGCUCCAUGAUAAAUCAUGAAGAGAUGACACAAGGAAUAAUGUAUGCCUUGUGUGUGUCAUCUUCUGCUCAUGGCAGAACUCUGACAUCCUUUUGUUUUUUGUUUUCAGAUACACAUUUGUAUUGAUAGUUCCGUUGGGCACAUGAAAUAAAGCCUGUUGGGUUAUUACCUUUCUCUUGAUUACUUGAUCCUUUUUAAUAGUUAGUUCAGGGUUUCUAAACAGGACAGGAUCAUUAUAUUUACUUUGGGUGAGAGUAUUGUUUCACUGUAUUAGUUUGUUCAGUUAGAUGCUUUUGUUACAACCACAUUACCCAAGAGAAUCCUGAUGACAUUACUAGCUGUUUACUGUUCUAUGUAAUUUUCAUUUUGUUCAUUUUCGAAAUUUAUAUACAGAAGACUUAUGUCCUAGACAAGUGGUUCCCAAACAAGUACUCACGACCCACCAACAGUCCAGGGUUUGUCAGUAUCUCCAUUGGAAUAAAAAGGGAAAUGCCUAAAUCUUAGACUGUUGGUGGGCCAUGAGGACUGGUUUGAAAACCACUAGUCCGUCUAGACAGUUCUGGUACUGUCAGAGUGACAUUUGAUACCGGACCCUUGUGGGGUUUUGGUAUCUUAUUUUCUUUUUUUUGUUAACCAUAUUACCAUGCCUUGUACUAACAGAAGGAGACAAAAAUAAUAAUUGUAGGACCUAACGUUGCACUCUGUGUCCUCUAUUAAAGGCAUUGUAAAAAGUAUAUGUAAAUUAUGUUGUAUUGUUGUUAUUUCUUUGUUUUUUACUUGGCUUGACAUCAGACAGAACCUUGCAUAUUAGGCAGAAGUAUCCCGUUCCUCCACAAAAGGAAGAUGGUUUAAUCUGAGCUCCAUGUGGUUAAGUUUGGCUCAGGGGAGGCCGACGGGAGGUUAUCACCAAAACAAAUCCCAGGAACUUUUGUGCUUCUGCCCACAUAAACAAAAAGCAUGACUGUAUUUCAAAGGGCGGCUCGUUACUGUACAAGAAGGGUUUGUUGAAUAUACAGCGUUGACUGUAACAUUUGCUCCAAAAACAAUUGCAGAGAAGUACAAGGGUUUCUGCUUCAACAUCCCUCCCUAUAAGGUAGUUUUGAUACUAAUGUGGGGUCUGCAGUGAACUCACUUUACUCAAUCUCUGUGUCUUUGAUACUCAAAGACUUGAUGGAAUUCUAAGGUAAUAUAGGCGACCGUCCUCUGAUGUUUGUGUGUUUGAGUAGUACAGCAUUGUGUACACUGUUGCUUAGGCAAACAAAACAUUUCAUAUGAAUACAUCUUGAACAAAUUAUACAAAUGGAGAAUGUAUGCUGUCCCUUGAUGUUUAGAAUAAAAUACCAAGCCACAUAGUAGCUAAAAUUGAAAGGGCAACAGGUACAACAAUAAAGGCUAGCUGUAAUAUUUUUGUGUCCUUUUUGGUUGAUGUAUAUUUUUGUGUCUCUCUCUUUGCCUUUUCCCUUAUUUUAAAAUGUAGAAUCUGCUUAGAAGUUUUUCCUACUAGUCACUAUUGAUCCUGUUCGGCCAACACGGCUCAAUGAUACAAGCCAGAAGACAUUUUGAUUUUCCAGGAUCCGUUAAUGUAAGUCCCUUUUUGAGUAUCACAAACAGUAUUGCAUUUUAGGACCUUUUCAUGUAAGCCCAUGUGGAUUACUCAUUAUUCGAAAUAUUUCUACUUUAUUGUGAAACAAUUAAGGCUGUUCUGCCCAAUUUACAUACGAUAUCCUGAUAAAACUAUAAAUAAUUUUUUAUGGUUGACUGAGAGGGACAAUAAAACAAAGAUUGCUGGAUCCACUUAUGAUCGUAAAAGGAAAACUUUAAUUAAAUGUGUCGUCCGUUUUAUUUUUAACUCCAUUCAAAUGCCAAUUCUUCUAGGCCACAUGCAGGAACCCAUAAACCCACACCCAUAUUGCACACUGUUAGUAAUAAGUGACCUUUAACUGCUACUAUAUAUUACUUUUUGUGGACCGAUUUAACGCAAAUAUAAGUAUAUACCUACUUACCUUUUUAACUUUGUUAUUAUCAUAGAAAAUUACAGCAAAUUAAAAACUUGUAUAUGACCUUGACUUCCCUACUGGACAGAAAGCAUGGUGGUGUGAUUUGAUUUCAGACUCGAGCUAGACACAGUUCCUCCUUCAACAAAUGAGUCUGAGAAAUUCAUUUCCAAAGAAUCUCUUGUUUCCAGAAUAGUUUUCUAGAGAGAAAUUCUGUUUAGGAUGUUUUGAAUGUAACGUUGAUAUGCUUUGCAUGAUAGUGGAUCUGAACAUGUGUCUUAAUCUAUUUAAAUGUGGGCACACCAUAGAUUGGCAUGGUAUGUUCCAUUCUCUUAAAGAGCUACAAUAAAUCUUCACGUUAACAAUUGAUAAACAGUUGAACUACAUUGAAUUCUUGUUUGAAUCCAAGAGAAUGUAUGCUUGUUUUUUCCUUUUCUUUGUUAUUUCUCUUCUGUCGUAAUUAUUUUCAAAACUGUGGUGCU